AUGACUGCUGCAUUUAAAUCGUUGCCAAUUAUCGACAUCAGCCUGGCCAAGGAUCCUCAGACCAAGACCCAGCUUCUGGCAGAUAUUAAGGAUGCACUUUUCCGAGUGGGAUUUUUGUAUCUGGUGAAUCAUGGCCUGGAACAAGAGACCGAGAAACUGAUGGGUCUUUUACCACAGGCGUUUGCUGCUCCAGACAGCGAAAAAGCCAAAAUCGAUAUGGUCACGAAUUCUCAUUUUGUGGGCUAUUCGAAGCUAGGAGCCGAGAUCACAGCCAGAGCCACUGAUAUCAGAGAGCAGUUUGAUUUCGGGUCGGCUACUACUACUACCAACGAAGACACAGAGAACCAGCAAUGGAAACGAAUCCAGGGACCCAGCCUGUUUCUUCCCGACAGCAUUGUUCCAGGCUUUAAGGAUACUGUCACAACAUAUAUUGACGACAUGGGCCAUCUAGCAAGUUAUUUUCUCGAGCUGGUAGCCGAGAGUCUCAAUCUGCCGCCAACUUCAUUUAAAGAGUUUGAAGGUGAAAUGAACAGGUUGAAACUGGUGAAAUACCCACCAGUGACAGCAGAUGCGCCGUCGAAGCAAGGAGUAGGGCCUCAUAAAGACAGUUCUGGCAUGCUGACAUUUGUAUUACAAGACUCAGUUGGUGGUUUACAAGUUUUGAACUCUGAAGGAGAAUGGAUCGAUGCCACACCCAUUGCCAAUUCAUUUGUUGUGAACAUAGCCCAAGGAUUCGAAGCCCUGACUGGUGGCAGAUGCGGAGCUACUACUCAUCGAGUCAUAUCCCCUGCCAACGGCGCCACCCGUUACUCCAUUCCAUAUUUCCACUCGGUCCGUCUCAACCUCACCCUACAAGACAUCAACGAACAACUGAAAUUUAUCCACGGCAAGAUCCCCGAACCCAGCGACGCUGGCAAAAGAAGAGUCGACGUGCCCAGCGAGUUUCUAGACCCGAAAUAUUCAUGUGUAAGUUGGUGGUGCUGCCUCCGGCGGCUGGGGCUCUGCCCCAGACCCCGUGGCUCCUCUCGCUACGCUCGAGUCGGUAGCGUGGGGAUUGAGAGCUUUUUAUACUAA